GACACAAGUAAGAUGUAUAACAUACACGUCGCCAUUUUGGAAACAAAUAACCGCUAAAAACUAGACAUGAGACUUAUAUGGUGUAACUUGUUGCUGCCUCUUUGGGCAAUUGUUCGGGCGGAAGUGUCAACAUCCGGGUACAAAUUGGCUAUUGUCUGUCAAAAGGAGAGACAAUUACUUGAGAUACUUGACCGCUACGUCACAACCACCCUGAGCAACCACUCCCAUGUGGACGAAUCCGUACAAAGCUUCCUUAAAAAUAUUAAGGAAGAGAGAUCCAACAUCAACGACGCCAGUGAAUGGAUUGGUCAUCCAAUCAAUGCGUACCAUUUGGUCAAACGGACAGCAAACGACUGGUUGACUGCUCAGCAGAAUAUCAACUGUGGUGCAUGUGUAUCUACGGCAGCAGAAGGUACAUGUAGGUCUUUCUACCAAGGAGCUUGUGCAAUACCCAAUGAUCACAUCAAUAUGCCACCAAUCGCCUUCAUUAGUAACAACUGA